AUAUUGAUGAGUGUUUUCUGCAGCUCUGUCAUCCGUUUGCUUCCUGCUUCAACACCCAGGGCUCUUUCCACUGCCAGUGCUGGCCUGAAUACAAGGGCGACGGCUUCCUCUGCCAACCACCACAAAAGCGCAAACCGCCCUUAACUGUGUGCCAACACCACAGAGAAAGUUUGCAGGAGAGUCUAAGCAUCUACCCAGGCCUGGAGGCCUUUAUUCCUCAGUGUGAUGAGAAAGGGCAGUACAAACCCCUGCAGUGCCUGGGCUCCACUGGACACUGCUGGUGUGUGGACAGUAGAGGGCAGGAGAGAGUGGGCACCAGGACAAUGCCUGGCACAGUGCAUGCCAACUGUGAUCAACCAGGUAUGGAUUUCUGUAUCUCAGGAGAUGCGCUGCCAUUGAACAAUGCACUGAUGUACCCUGUCAUAAGCUCCUCCCCUUCAGGACCUGCUAUCCUUUACACACAAGCCUCACAGAUUGGAGUCAUUCCUCUUGAUGAAACAGACCCAGUUCAGGAAAAGUCCACGGUUUUACUGGCCUUAAAGGACUCCAUUGUGAUUGGAAUCGACUAUGACUGUCAGGAGAACAUGUUGUAUUGGACAGAUUUUGGACGACAAACCAUUCACAGAGCAUUCUUAGUAUUUGGAUCUGAGCCAGAGGCUAUUAUCAGCCAAGCGGCGCUGCUUCCCCGUGUGGAGACUGUGUGUGAGCGCUGGAGGCUUUCACUCAUGACUCACUAUAAUGGUCAGCCGUCCUCUCAGGACUACAUGCCCCUGUGUGAUGCUCACGGGAAUUUCCUGCCUGUGCAAUGUUACGGCAACAGCAGUUUCUGCUGGUGUGUGGACCGUCAAGGCAGGGAAAUUAUUGGAACACGGUCCUAUGAUGAUGUAAAGCCUCCCUUGGUGCAAGUGGGUCUCAUGUUGCCUAAUGCCUUGACAUUGGACUUUGACACAAAUCAGCUGUGCUGGGCAGAUGCAGGCACAAAGAAACUGGAGUGCAUAUCUCCAGACGGGACUGAGAGACAUGUGUUUCAGGAUGCUUUGAGCUACCCGUUCAGCCUGGCAAUCUAUAACAGCCACUUUUACUACACUGACUGGGAGAGAGAUGGGAUAGUGGUGAUAGAUCAAAGCACUGGGAAAAACACAGCUUAUCUCCCUAUUCAGCAGUCACACUUAUAUGGGAUUACAGUUAUCCCAUCACAAUGUCUAUAGAGAGCAGUGGACUCUGCACUUACGGAUUUUUGACUUUAUGGAUUUUUGGUUCUGUAACAGAAAUGUCAGAA